UCCGGACAUGGGGGCGAGAGGCGCGCGCGCGCGCGAGCGAGUGAGUAAGUGACUGAGGGAGAAGAAGGAGGCCGCCGCGGCUGGAGGAGCCUGACGCUCCGCCCCUCCCCCAGCCGGCCCUGAGCGAGGAGACGCCGGUUGCCGCCCGGAGAGAGAGCGGCCGCCUGGGCUCUGCGCCUGUGAGGAGGAAGCAGGGAGACGCCGUCUCCUGCCCUGGGACCCUGCCGCCCGCCCCGGUGUAACUAGGGGGACCGGACAGCCCUUCCUCCGGGGCUGCAGGGGGACCCCGCGCCCCUCAGGGAAAGGAGGUGAAUCCCACUCCGGGCAGAGGGGGCCCCAGGUGCCGGCUACCCCCCGCGCCAGCGAGCCGUCUCCAGUGGGGUCGGAGCCUCCACCCAGGAUGUGAGUGAGGAAGUUCGUGCUUCGUCCCCACCCAGCCUGGGACGCUGAAGCCUCCGUUCCCGGGGCGAGCAGAGACCCGGGCGCCUGUCGCCGAUGUGACGGCCCCGCAGCCGGCUGUUGUCGAAUAGCGAGAGACUUGAGGGGGGGAAAUAACCCAGCCCGCUAAGCACCGAGGGGGAUCUCCUCCCGCGCCCUGCCUCAGCGCAGCACCACCGGGCCAGGGGCUUUCCACGCGCGGCCGCGUGGGGGGCUCGUGCGGGGCAGCGCACCGGCAAGACACUUCGUAGCGUUUCCCUUGCAGGAGAAGGUGGAGUGAGACAUCGUGAGACGCUGCUGCUGUUCCCACCCUCUGCGGUUCUCUUUUAAUUUUGGAACAAUUUGGGUUUUUUUGAAGGGAGGAAAAAAUGUCUUUCUUUAACUUUCGUAAAAUCUUUAAGCUCGGUGGCGAGAAGAAAAAGAAACAAUAUGAGAACGUCAAGAGAGACUUGAAUCCGGAGGAGUUCUGGGAGAUUAUCGGAGAGCUGGGAGAUGGUGCUUUUGGGAAAGUGUUCAAGGCUCAGAACAAAGAAACCAAAGUCCUUGCUGCAGCAAAGGUGAUUGAUACGAAAUCUGAGGAAGAACUAGAAGAUUACAUGGUUGAGAUUGAUAUUCUGGCAUCCUGCGAUCAUCCAAAUAUUGUCAAGCUUCUUGAUGCUUUCUACUAUGAAAACAAUCUUUGGAUCCUGAUUGAAUUUUGUGCAGGUGGAGCAGUAGAUGCAGUAAUGUUGGAACUUGAGAGGCCAUUAACAGAGCCACAGAUCAAAGUAGUUUGCAAGCAGACUUUGGAGGCACUGAACUACUUGCAUGAAAAUAAGAUCAUUCACAGAGAUCUAAAAGCUGGCAAUAUUCUUUUUACAUUAGAUGGAGACAUUAAACUGGCGGAUUUUGGCGUAUCUGCUAAAAACACAAGGACAAUACAGAGAAGAGAUUCUUUCAUUGGUACACCUUACUGGAUGGCUCCUGAAGUGGUAAUGUGUGAGACAUCUAAAGACAGGCCUUAUGAUUAUAAGGCUGAUGUGUGGUCACUGGGCAUCACUUUAAUAGAAAUGGCUCAAGUAGAACCACCUCAUCACGAGUUAAAUCCUAUGCGCGUGCUGCUGAAAAUAGCAAAAUCUGACCCACCUACAUUGGCACAGCCUUCAAAAUGGUCUUCAGAUUUUAAAGAUUUUCUAAGGAAAUGUUUGGAAAAGAAUGUAGAUGCCAGAUGGAAUACUGCUCAGCUUCUGCAGCAUCCGUUUGUUACUGUCACUUCUAAUAAACCAGUCAGAGAGUUGAUUGCAGAGGCAAAGGCUGAAGUAACAGAAGAAGUUGAAGAUGGUAAAGAUGAAGAUGAAGAGGAGGAAACAGAAAAUUCUCUGCAAUUACCAACAAACAAGCGUGCCUCCUCUGACCUUAGUAUUGCCAGCUCUGAAGAAGAUAAACUUUCACAGAAUGCCUCGAUUCUGGAAUCUGUUUCUGAGAAAACAGAAAAUAAUGCUGCUGAGGAGAAGAACAUCAGUGUAUUUCCAGAUGAUAAAACAACUGCUAAUGAACCCAAGACAAUUAAAGAUGUGGAAAUUAUUGACAGUGUGUCUGAUACCACUCCUGGAGAUAUUGUAAAUGUGCAGAAUGGGUCAGUAUUAAUUGAGGAAGAUGAGCCAGAGAAAACAUCAGGAGUUGAAGAGAAUACUGGAAAAGCAGAAGUAGUAAAUGAAGACACUGGAUCACAGACAGAAAGAAAAGAAGCUGAUACAGUGACAGCAUUAGAAACAAACGAUAAACACAGUCUGAAAACAGAGGAAAGAAGUGCCAUAGAAAAUGAAGAGACAGAUGAAAAUAAACUGAAAAUAGCACCUGAAAUUGAAGAUGCCAGUAUUCAAACUAUAGAAGUGAUAUCUAAAGAGACUGGAGAGAAAGAGGAGAAAGAAAGUGGAACAGAUAGCCAGGAAAAUAAGAGUGAAGGAACAACGACAGAACAAAUUACAGAGCAAAAGGAUGAUGGUAAAUCUGAAGAAGUUCAGAAAGAUGAGAUGACAGGCAGCACUAAUGAAACUCUGGUUAAAGGUGCAGAGAAAAUGGCUGACACAGAGCAGGAGCCAAUAAAAAAUGGAGCUGACAAUGCUCAAGAGACAGGCAGCACUAGUGAAAGACAGAUCAGUAGUGGAGAUAAAAUACCCGGGACAGUCCAGAAGCUAAUGGAAAGUAGAACUGAGCAUGUUCACGAGACAAGCAGCUUUGAAGAAACUCAGAUUAAAAGUGGAGAUGAAGUGACUGAUACAGAUCAGAAAUUAGUUGAAAGUGAAAAUGAAGAUGUUCAUAAGACAAGCAGCAUAGAGGAAACUGAGGUCAAGGAUUCAGGAAAAGUGGGUGAUAUAGACCAGAAGCCAAUACAGAGCAAGACUGAGAAUAUUCAUGAGACAAAUAGCACUGAGGAAAUUCAAGUCGAAAGUGUGGGUAAAGUGAUUGAGCCUGACCAAAAUUCAAAAACAAAUGAACCCGAGGAUACCCACGAGAACAACAUUCAGAUAAAUGCAGAGCAUUCAGAAGUUCCGUGUGAUGCACCACUUAAGAACAAGCUUCAAGAUCCUGCAGCUGAACAACCUAAUGAUUCUGAACUCACUCCAAUACCCAUUAUUAGUGUUAGCACCGAAGAAAAUGAGGAAAAAGUUAAAAUGGGUAAUCAAGCCAGUGCUGAAACAUUACAGCAGCUAGAACCUGAGACACUAAAGGAAAAUGAUACAGAAUCAGGCACUGGUUCCACAGCUGAUAAUAAUAGCAUUGAUUUGAACUUGUCCAUCUCAAGCUUCCUCACUAAAAACAAGGACACUGGAUCAAUAUCUUUACAAGAAACUAGAAGACACAAGAAAACAUUGAAGAAAACUCGCAAAUUUGUUGUUGACGGAGUAGAAGUGAGUGUGACAACUUCAAAAAUAGUUACAGAAAAUGAUUCAAAAAGUGAAGAAUUGAGAUUUCUUCGACGUCAAGAGCUGCGGGAGCUAAGACUUCUUCAAAAAGAAGAGCAGAGAGCUCAACAGCAGCUCAGUAAUAAACUCCUACAACAACGAGAACAGAUGUUCAGACGCUUUGAACAGGAAAUGAUGAGUAAAAAGCGGCAGUAUGAUCAAGAGAUUGAAAAUCUAGAAAAGCAGCAAAAACAGACAAUAGAACGUUUGGAACAGGAACACACAAAUCGCUUACGAGAUGAAGCAAAACGCAUCAAAGCAGAACAGGAGAAGGAAUUGUCCAAAUUCCAGAACAUGUUGAAAAACAAAAAAAAAGAGGGCAUUGCUCAGGUUAUGAUUCAAUCUUUUCAAUUGUCUUCGUGUACACUCUUCAAUGCACAAAUGCAGGAUGAACAAGAAUUUGUGCAGAAGCAGCAACAAGAAUUGGAUGCAUCUCUAAAGAAAAUCAUCCAGCAGCAAAAAACAGAACUAGCCAAUAUUGAACGAGACUGCCUGAAUAACAAGCAGCAGCUUAUGAGAGCUCGUGAAGCUGCAAUCUGGGAGCUAGAAGAGCGACAUUUACAGGAAAAACACCAGCUUCUCAAACAGCAACUCAAAGAUCAGUACUUCAUGCAGAGACACCAGCUUCUUAAGAGGCAUGAAAAAGAAACAGAACAGAUGCAACGAUAUAAUCAACGGCUUAUUGAAGAGUUAAAGAACAGACAAACUCAGGAAAGAGCAAGACUGCCCAAAAUCCAGCGAAGUGAAGCAAAGACUCGAAUGGCUAUGUUUAAGAAGAGUUUAAGAAUUAACUCAUCAGGCACUCCAGAACAGGAUCGUGAGAAGGUUAAACAGUUUGCUACUCAAGAAGAAAAGAGGCAGAAAAAUGAGAGGUUGGCUCAGCAUCAAAAACAUGAAAAUCAAAUGCGGGACCUUCAGUUGCAGUGUGAAGCAAACAUCAGAGAACUGCACCAAUUACAGAAUGAAAAAUGCCAUCUACUGGUUGAACAUGAGACUCAGAAACUAAAAGAGUUAGAUGAAGAGCAUAGCCUAGAACUGAAGGAAUGGAGAGAGAAACUAAGACCAAGAAAAAAGACACUGGAAGAGGAAUUUGCUAGGAAACUUCAAGAACAGGAAGUUUUCUUUAAAAUGACUGGAGAGUCUGAAUGCCUUAACCCUUCAACACAGAGCCGGAUUUCCAAAUUCUAUCCAAUCCCUAGCCUGCACUCCACUGGAUCGUAACUCUAGGAACUUCUGUAGAUUUUCCUAUUUGGAAUUCUCAUAUCUUCAGCUUCUGCCGUAGUAGAAUCUACAAAUUACAUCAGAGGACCUCAAUGCUUUUAAGUUUCAGUGGAGA